UAAAUAGAGUUUCCAGCCUAAUAAAAACUCAUCACAUCACAUCCUAUCCAUUAGAAACUCUCUCCUCCCAAAGAUCAGAUCCUCAGGACAGCAGAAAAUGAAGCGACUGCACAGGUGGACAAACGGUCCUUUGGCCCUCUACCUUUUGGCAUCGUUCAUCACUUUUUCCUGGGGCGUUCCUCAGGGUCACUUCCAAAGAAGAAACUGGACUCCUCAGGCCAUGCUGUAUUUGAAGGGCGCCCAAGGCCGUCGGUUUAUCUCAGAGGAGAGCCAGCAAAAGGCAUUGUAUGAUCGGUUGAUGCAAGAACCCAGCAAUCAAAAUGUGAACCCUUUAACCCUUUCUGAAGACGCACUGAUGUUUCUUUCCUCCCUGCAGAAGAUGCAAAACGAAGAAAAUGAAGAAAAGGCUCCCGAGAGACCCGGAUAUUUUGCUGAUGGUCUAUUAAAUUGGUGAAAGAUUUUCAACCUUAAAUGGGAACGUGGGGUGAAUUUAAAAGGAAAAUGUAUUCUGUACAAGACCAUUUUUUUCCAUUCAUCUUCUCAACUUCCUUCUCUAAAAUACCUGAGUUGGUCGCUGGUCAAUAUCUUCUCGAUGUCAAUCAUUCUGCAGUAUCAAUACCAAACAAUUAAAGGCAUUUUUUUUUCUGCUUAGAAAAGAUGUUGAUGUGCUGUUAUUAUGAUGUUCAACCUGCUUAUUUUACUUCCCAUUGACUUUUGCAAAUGUAUUAAGAUCAAAGAGGGCAUCCUUAG